AUGUUACGCGCUCUUCGUGUUAUUAAAAUCAAAGUCCAAUUUGUACCCGCGCCUACUUUUUCCACAAUGCAAUCAACAUCUGAAAAAUCUCAAAGACCUUCGUCAUCAAGACCAGCAUCUAGUACAACGAAAUCUUAUGCUCCACAAAAUCUUCCUGUCUAUGAUUACGAUCUUGUUGUAGUUGGUGGUGGUUCAGGAGGUUUAGCAGCGGCAAAAGAAGCAGCAAAAUUAAAUAAAAAUGCUAAAGUAGCCUGCUUUGACUUCGUUACUCCAACAUAUCAUGGAAUAAAAUGGGGUCUCGGCGGUAAAUAA